AUGCAGCUUAUGAGCGGCGAAGUCAAGUCAGCCUUGCGGCCCGUGAACGGCACGGUCGCGAGACAUCAAAUAUUCACAUUGGUGCAGCCUCACAAUAUUAAUAGGGCACCUGCACGGGCAAGUUUGAUCGUCGAAGUUUUUACCCCUUGGAGCCCGGCCGAGGCGUUUCGGCUUGCCUUCAGCGUCGUCGUCCUCGGUCUUUCAAUCGCCAUCGCUAGACAACAAUACAUCGGCAGUGUUCCAUCCCAAACUGGCUAUGCGGCAUUUGCAGGCGCUCUCGGCGUCCUCGUUUCGGUCAUCGGAGUUGUCGCAUUAUGGGUUGAAAGCUUGAGCGGUAUCAUCAUCUGGGUGCUGGAUGGAGUCGCAGCUGUUGCUCUUUUGGCAGCCGGCAUUGUUUACGCCGUUACUCUGAAGGGAGUUAGCUGCUCUGACUCGCCCUCGGGUUACGCGUCGGCUUGGGAUAACCCGUUAAUUAGUGGCGGGUGCACUGGCAAGGGAAGGAAUAAGAUUUGUUACUCUGGCAAUGUUGUCCAGUCUCGCUGUAAGCGUGCUGAGGCGGAUUGUGCCUUCAUGUUCCUUGCGUUUGUGGCUAGCCUGGCUGUUCUGAUUGCCUCUUUCCUGUCCCGAAACCGCUAA